CUUGAGGCACUUGAUAACAAUCCUGACAUUGAUCGGAACGAAACGUUAGGACAUUUUAUUCAGUCACAUGGCUAUUCGGAGUUAUUUUAGAAAGCUUAUCUGAUUCCAAUAUGUGUUUCAAUUUGGUCCUGCCGCUCGGAUGGAGUAAUGGACUUUUCUGCUUAUUCCAUUCUUUCAUUCUGUCACAACCACCAUCUUUUGCAGCUCUUUGGUCGCCCUCAAUGGCUCACUGUUAGAUGGCGAUCACGUACAUAUGUAAACAAGGUUAAGGAGGAGCUGGAGAAGAGAGGCUGCCAAUUAAAGACUAGUUGUGAAGUAAAUUCUUUAUCAACGAAUGAAGAAGGUUGUACUGUAGCUUGCACUGAUGGUUCCAAAGACGUAUGCGAUGGAUGCAUAAUGGCUGCACAUGCACCAGAUACUCUGAGAAUGUUAGGCAAAGAGGCAGCAUACGAUGAAACAAGAAUACUUGGUGCUUUCCAAUAUGUUUAUAGCUUGUUAGAAGAAGGGGGCACGAUGUUCACCUUCGAAGGAUAAAAGCUCUCUUAAAGUUUCUCUUAGAGUUCAUAGUCCGCGGUUUUACUGGAAGGUUGCAACUCAAGGUGACUUAGGCCUUGCCGAUGCUUUUAUUCAAGGGGAUUUUUCUUUUGUUGAUAAGAAUGAAGGUCUUCUUAAUCUUUUCAUGGUGAGGAAAUGACUCUAUUUCUUUGUAAAUAGCUAUUUGUUGGUACUUGGCAUCCUGAAUUCUUUUACAGAUUUU